GCAACCUGCACCUGAACGUCUGUGUAACACUGUAUCACACUUGUGUAACCACCACUACACCCCACCGCGUUAGGCACCCUGGCAUAUCAGGUCUAGUAAGUCUUGGUAACCUGCUCUGAACGGCAACUGUUGGGGUUGUCAGCCGCAAAAGACGCCGCAAAAGGUCGACUAUUUGAUGGGUUAUGUCGAAUAGAGAAGGGGGGUUACAGUGUUACCCCGCAUGUGCUGCAGAGGUGAUGUGACAUGAUGCUGCGGUUGGGGGUUUGUGCGACAGAGGGGGAGAGAUGGGAAUAGUGGCUCAUUGCCAAGACGUUAGAUAUGAGUGUGGACAUUUGUUGGAGAAUUCCAACGUGAGAAAACGGGAACGACAGUACUGACAGCCUGCCCCCCCCGACGACGUUCGUCUCACUACCUCUUUGCACUCAAUUUUAAGCCGUGAUAAGAGAAAUCUGAGAAAAUGGCUACCUCAACUGACGCCCAGGAGUUCUCCUCCAUCAAGUUCGACUACCUCAUCAUCGGCGGCGGCACAGCUGGUCUCGCCGUCGCCUCCCGUCUAGCCGAAAUCCCCUCCCUCACCAUCGGCGUCCUCGAAGCAGGGAAAAGCGGUUAUGGCGACGACAACAUUGACAUCCCAGCCUACUCUGGCCGAGCACUGGGAGGACCCUACGACUGGCACUUCCAGACCACGCCCCAGCCCGGUCUCGGCGGACGAACUCUCCCAUGGAACCGGGGGAAGGUCCUAGGCGGAUCAAGUGCGCUAAAUUAUAUGACUUGGAAUCGUGGAAGCAAGGAGGAUUAUAAUGCCUGGGAGGAGCUGGGGAAUGAUGGUUGGGGGUGGGAUUCUCUCCUCCCUUACUUCAAAAGGUCAGAACGAUUCCACCCGCCUCCGCCGAACUUUAAGGACAACCACCAGGCUUCGUACAACGAGCCAAACAGCUUCCUGGGGGAAGAUGGGCCCAUCAAUGUCUCAUACACUCGAGACUUCUCGCCUUCGCAUGCUCUGUGGCAUGCAACCUUCAACGAGGUGGGGGUCGAGUCAAAUCCAGCUCACUUGGACGGAUCAAAUGUGGGUGUGUGGACUACCAUUGUGGCCGUCAACCCAGAGACCGCCACAAGAUCCUAUGCGACUCAUUACUGCUUGAUGCCGCCUGUGAAUCUGCAUAUCCUUACUGAGGCUCUCGUUGAGCAAGUCGUUCUGGAUAAGAAGGACGGGGAAUGGGCUGCUACUGGCGUGCGGUUCAGUCAUUACGGGAAGCAAUAUGUCGCCUCAGCUGCUCGAGAGGUCAUCCUGUCAGCAGGCAGCGUCCAGUCAUCACAGCUUUUGGAGUUGUCCGGUGUUGGCCGGGCUGAUGUUCUGGGUGCUGCGGGAAUUCCGUUAAAGGUUGAGAGUCCAAACGUGGGUGAAAACCUGCAGGAGCAUAUCAUGCUCCCAAUGGUCUUCGAAGUAGACCCCAAGCUCCCCCAUCCAGACGACCUGUUCAUCGAAGAAAUCGCCGCCACUGCCUACGAGCAAUACCAAAGAGAAAAGUCCGGUCGUUUGACCGUCCUCCCCUGCUCGAUGGCAUAUCUUCCCGUUUCCAAGCUGGCACCCGAAGAAGAUGUGGCUUCGCUCUCGUCCAGGUCCCAACAGUUGGAACGUUAUGGCGCCGAGCAAACAUCUAUCCUCUCUAGCAGGUUCGACACCGACAAACAGCUCGGCCAAGUCGAAUUCGUCUUUGAUCUCGGCAACUGGAACCCGUCGUUUGCGCCUAAGGAAGAGGGCAAGAGAUACUGCUCCAUGUUGUUGGUGCUGCAGUAUCCCUACUCGAGAGGGUCCAUCCAUAUCGAUCCUAAAGAUGGACCAACCGCUGAUGGGGUACCGGCCACCGCGCACCAACAGCCGGUGAUUGAUCCGCAGUAUUAUGUUGGUCCUCAUGGGGAGCUCGACCUUGAGAUUAUGCUACAUGGUGCCAAGUUUGCGCAAAAGAUUUGCUCGACUAAGCCAUUGAAGAAUGUCAUCCUCGGUCCUGCUUCUCCUUCGUCGGCAGUGGUCUCUGAUGAAGACCUGAGAGGAUGGAUUGUUGAGAAUACCAUCACAGACUGGCAUCCGAUAGGGACCUGUGCGAUGGGCGGUCGUGCUGGGCAGGCAGGCGGUGUCGUUGAUGAACGGCUCAGGGUGUACGGCGUGAAGGGGUUGAGAGUGAUCGAUGCAAGCGUGAUGCCGCUGCAUAUCAGCGCGCAUUUGCAGGCUACGGUUUAUGCUAUUGGUGAGAAGGGAGCCGACAUGAUCUUGGAAGAUGCUGGACUCCGAAGUUAGUGGUCAUUAGCCUGCGGAGUUUCAAACAAAUCUCUCGGCCGGUAGAGUGAAUAUUGAAUGAGAUUCUGCAAAUAGCCACGAGAUGGAGUCGAAAACGAGACAACUUGAUAACCUUCCUAAAGGCAGGUCUCGGCUGCCAACUGGGUUCCGGGCCGACUGGAGGUUGAAGAUGACUUGAACAUCACUUGCGAAUGCUGCUGCCCACACCGAAUGUGACUCAAGAUCGAAAGUUGACCCAUUUUCGCAAUGGUGUAUGGAGUGAUGGGG